UUCAACCAAAAAACAAAAGAAAAAAAACCUUGAAAAGUUGGGGGAAAAAAAACCUUUUAACCCAAAGACCCAGCAACAGUGGGUAAACAAUGGGAAUCAAAGAUCUGCUUAGAUUCAUGAAACCUUUCAUUGAACCGGUUCACAUCAAGAAAUACGCUGGCAAGCGGGUGGGUAUUGAUGCUUAUUCAUGGUUACAUAAAGGAGCGUAUUCAUGUAGCAUGGAGAUUUGUUUGGAUUCAAACAGUGAAAAGAAAUUGCGAUACAUAGCUUACUUUAUGCACAGAGUCAAUUUUCUUCGUCAUCAUAAGAUAACCCCCGUUGUUGUUUUUGAUGGUGCAAAUAUUCCCUGCAAGGCUGCCACUGAAAAUGAAAGAUACAGGAGGAGGAAAGAGAACCGGGAACUGGCAAUUGCUAAGCUUAAAGAGGGGCAUAUUCAAGGUGCAACUGAGCUUUUCCAGAGAGCAGUGAGCAUCACUCCAGCCAUGGCAAGUCAAUUGAUUCAGAUCCUGAAAUCAGAGAAUGUUGAAUUUGUGGUAGCUCCAUAUGAGGCUGAUGCACAGCUAGCAUAUUUGGCCACUCUUGAGGCUGAAAAAGGUGGAGUUGUGUCAGUGAUUACAGAAGACAGUGAUCUAAUAGCAUAUGGUUGUCCAACUGUCACAUUUAAAAUGGACCGUUAUGGCAAUGGAGAAGAACUGGUUCUGUCAAAAGUUUUUGAUUCUGUAUCCAGUAAACCUUCCUUCAGAAGUUUUGAUAAAGAAUUGUUUACAGGUAUGUGUGUCCUAGCUGGAUGUGAUUUUCUUCCAUCUGUUCCUGGAAUUGGUAUUGUAAAGGCACAUUCCUUAGUUUCCAAGUAUCGGAACUUAGACCGUGUUUUAUCAGUUUUGAAGAUUGAGAAGGGCAGUCAAAUGCCAGAAGAUUACACCAAAUCGUUCAAAGAAGCACUUGCAGUUUUUCAGCAUGCCAGAAUAUAUGAUGCUGAAAUCAGGGAGCUGAAACAUAUUAAACCUCUUACAGAACAACUUCUGCAAUAUCUAGAUGAAGGGCUUGAUUUCCUGGGACCAAAAAUCCCUCCAUCAGUGGCAGUUGCGAUUGCUGAAGGAAAGUUAGACCCCACUACAAUGGAGGCCUUUGACUGUAAUAAUAUAGAGCCUGCUAAGUUUCAAAAUUCUGUUGAAACUACUGAUAAUUCCAGACAAGCAAGCUGCUUCAUGGUAUUUUCUUCACAUAAAACCAGAGAAAAAAGGAAGACAGGUACAAUGAGCAUGAAGCAAGUUGUAGUUUCAACUGAAAGCAAGUAUUUUAAAGAUGCUGGACUGGAGAAAUUAGCAUUUCCAGUAAAAACCCGUCCGAAAAAUGAGAAUAUGGUUUUAGAGGAAACUCCAUUGAAGGUUCCAAAUAAUAACCCUUUCAAGAAAAGAAAAUUUGAUGAAAUGACUGAACUAGUUUCAUCAAAAGGCGAAGAUGAGAAGUUGGAAAUGUCAUGUGUUUUUCCUGAUGAUAGUCAAUUGACAUUUCCUGACAAUAGUAGUUUAAGUGAUACCGGGAAACUUGAAAUCUCUAAUCAGAUAGAUAGCAUUGCUGAACAAAUUUCAAUGAUGAGUGAGGUAGAAUGUUGUGAGACCUUGUGCAUCAAUAUGGGAUCCCAAGAAAGUGUCAGCUCUAAACCAAACAGAGUGUACAGUGAAAGAAAAAGAGGUCAAAAUGUCAAGCUGAAGAGCAGUAAUUGCAACAGGUCAGGGACCAAGAACACUAUUUUGAACUUCUUUGCUCGUGUGUGAUCAUCCUAUCUGUUUAAUUCAAACAAAUGAUGCCACAUUGUCAUCUGUACUCUUUAACCUGUAUACUAGUUGGAGCAAUUUAUUAUGCAGAUAUCUUAUUAGAGAUUA